AGGGUUCAUGAGCUCAGGUUCCUUCCUCACGCAGCCUUCCUGUCCUCCGCAGCCACCUGCCCCCACAAGGCCGGAUGGGGUGGUGGUGGGAGCUGAUGAAAUGCUUGCUGACGCAGAGACCUCCUUCUCGGCCUUCGCCUUAGGUCGCUGGUUUUAGGGUGGGGGGCUGCAGGGAGAUGAGGAAUGGGACAAGGUGGCCGCAUGGACGGGCAGGCCAGGCACUCCCGGACUGGGCAGGGUCUAGGCCUGGAGGGGGGGUGGUUUUGGCCCUGCUCCAGCCUCCACUGCCUCCUGGCCCCUCCUCAUUGCCUUCAGAGCCUUCCAGAAAAGGGGGCUCCGACAGGAGAGCUGGUUUACAGCACACUGCCAGUGGAGAGAGACCUGCGCUUCUGUGGGCAGCGGAGCAGGCUGGACUGAAUAAGCCACAGAUCUCAGGACUGCCCUCCCUUCCCCGUGCCUGCAGCGAGAGACACUCUCUCCUCAGAACAGCUUCUGUCUGGGACGUGCAACCACCCUCCUGGCGAUGGGAGGGGCUGUGGUCGAUGAGGGCCCAACGGGCAUCAAGGCUCCUGAUGGAGGCUGGGGCUGGGCCGUCCUCUUGGGCUGUUUUGUCAUCACGGGCUUCUCAUACGCCUUCCCCAAGGCGGUCAGCGUCUUCUUCAAGGAGCUCAUACGCGAGUUUGGGAUCGGCUACAGUGACACGGCCUGGAUCUCCUCCAUCCUGCUGGCCAUGUUGUACGGGACAGGCCCGCUCUGCAGUGUGUGUGUCAAUCGAUUUGGCUGCCGGCCGGUCAUGCUCGCGGGAGGCCUGCUGGCAUCCCUAGGCAUGGUGUCUGCAUCCUUCUGUGGAAGCAUCAUCCAGCUCUACCUCACCACAGGGGUCAUUACCGGCUUGGGUUUGGCACUCAACUUCCAGCCCUCCCUCAUCAUGCUCAACCGCUACUUUAACAAGCGGCGCCCCAUGGCCAACGGGCUGGCAGCCGCGGGCAGCCCCGUGUUCCUGUGUGCCCUGUCCCCGCUGGGGCAGCUGCUGCAGGACCACUACGGCUGGCGGGGUGGCUUUCUCAUCCUGGGAGGCCUGCUGCUCAACUGCUGUGUGUGCGCCGCGCUCAUGAGGCCCCUGGAGGCACCCCAGCCAGGUUCGGGGCCGGGGCCCCAGCGGCCAUCCAGGCGGCUGCUGGACCUGAGCGUCUUCAGGGACAGCGGCUUCGUCAUCUACGCUGUGGCUGCCUCCAUCAUGGUGCUGGGGCUCUUCGUGCCGCCCGUGUUCGUGGUGAGCUACGCCAAGGACCUGGGCGUGCCUGACACCCAGGCUGCCUUCCUGCUCACCAUCCUGGGCUUCAUUGACAUCUUCGCCCGGCCUACCGCCGGCUUCAUCACGGGGCUUAAGAAGGUGCGGCCCUACUCUGUCUACCUCUUCAGCUUCGCCAUGUUCUUCAAUGGCUUCACUGACCUCACGGGAUCCACGGCCAGCGACUACGGCGGCCUGGUGGUCUUCUGCAUCUUCUUUGGCAUCUCCUACGGCAUGGUGGGGGCCCUGCAGUUUGAGGUGCUAAUGGCCAUCGUGGGCACCCACAAAUUCUCCAGUGCCAUUGGCCUCGUGCUCCUGCUGGAAGCCGUGGCUGUGCUCAUCGGGCCCCCUUCGGGAGGCAAACUCCUGGAUGCGACGCACGUCUACCAGUACGUGUUCCUCCUGGCGGGGGCCGAGGUGCUAGCCUCCUCCCUUGUGCUGGUGCUGGGCAACUUCUGCAUUGGGAGGAGGCCCAAGGCGGCUGCGGAGGAGGAGCACCACAAGCCCCCCAUGGACACGGACGUGAGGGUGGACUCACGGGAGGUGGAGCACUUCCUGAAGGCAGAGCCUGAGAAAAACGGGGAGGUCAUUCACACCCCAGAAACAAGCGUCUGAGGCGAGGAGGCCAGCAGGGGUGCAGGGAACCGGACAGAGACUGUCAACGCUUAUAUUUAUUUCACAAACAGGACUAGCUUGGGCGGGGCCGUUGGUGGGGCGGCUGAUCAUCACCUGAUCAGUGUUUUUCGGGGGAGGUGGCAGGGUGAGAACCAUGUCAUUCCAAAGCAGAUCUGUGGUGAAGCCAAGCCAGGAAGUUACAAACCGUCUGCACCA